UUUUAUGUCAUUUUAUGUUUCUUAUAUAUGUUUUUUAUCUGUCUAUGUUUUAUGUACGGUGUUGUAUGUGUCUAUUCUAUAUAGGAUUUUUAAAAUGAAUGAAGAUAUACCUAAUAUUUCACAAGCGCAAAUUGAGUUUAGACGUAAACAAUGGGAGGCUUUAUUUGAAAAAUAUGAAAAACAAAGUGAAGUCAAUACUGAAGCGUAUUAUGGUUUCGAAAUAAAUUACAAAAUGUUUCUCAAGCCUCCUUCAAAGAAAAUGUUGAAAUUAAAAAGAAAUAAAAGACCAAAAGGUAAAAAAAGAAAUAGGAGUCGGAAUACCCAAGCAGUUGACUUUGACCAAGAGGUUAAUAAAAUUUCUGAGAGUACAGUGUCUUCAACAGUUGAAGUUAUCGAUUCAUAUGCUCACCAGAUUAUUGACGAUUGCGAUACUGUUUCUGUUGAUUCUGGUGUAGAAAUGAUUGAUGAAGCAGUGGAAUUUCCUGAAACCAAUACUUCAAGUCCAUUCGUAAAUAUAGAUGCUAAAUUAAAUGACGAUAAUGAUGUUACACUUACCGAAAUGUCUAACUUAAAUGACGAAGUUCUCUGCUCUCAGGUUCACUCUACAGAGAACGAUUGUUUACAAAAAUUAAUACAUUUUAUUGAGAUAGAACUGAAUAGUAACCUGAAAACAUUAUUAAAACAGAGAGAUAGAUCCAAAUUAUUAGACUUUGAUGAUUACAAUUAUUGGCAUGAAUGUACAAAACGAGAAAUGACGAGAUUGGAAAAUUACAUUUCCAGAAACAAUUUGAGGGAAUACAUGAAACAUUGUUAUAGUGCCGACAUUCCAAAAUGUAUUAACGAUCAUAUAAUACACAAUGUAAUUUCUCAUCAACUGAAGAGUAAUAUAAAAAAAUUAUUUUUAAAACGAGAAUUUUCCAGACACGAUAAAGACAAGUAUUUGAAAUAUCGUAAACGGGUCUUUGUGGAAUGGCAAAGACUUUCUGAAGUAAUACCCCUUGACUACCUACUUUCUUAUGGAGAUAACAUUUUAUUUUGUAUUGAAAAACUUAAGAGCGAACGUCGUUUUCCAAUGAGGAAUUAAAUCUAAAUUUUAGUUUAAGUAAUGAGUUAAGUAUUGUUUUACUUGUGAACCAUAUACUGUUUUUUAUUCUUUUUGAAUAAACUAUACACAAAUA